AUGGCUAACCGUCCUUCACAACGAAAGGGCAAGGCUGCUGUCCCCAAACCAGCAAGGGGGUCGGGACUAAACCCAUCAGGACUUCCAGCCGCUGAUCAACUCAACAUUCCAGCCGAACAACCUUCUGUGCCAGCAUUCAGUUUCAAUCCACACGAAGACAGUAUGCAGUGGCAAAGUGGGGGCCCAGAUCAACACUCUUUCCGUGGACUCACGCACUACGACGACUCGCACGCAUCUGGCUCUACGUCCUUCGGCGCGCAAUUUGCACAGCCUCAACCAUCACACGAAGACCAUUUCACGCAGUCACAACCCCCCCACGACGACACUACUACAUCCUACGACGGGUACCCUUACGACCAGGACGGAUUCGGAGACACGGGGGACCGGCCGUAUGGCGGCCCGUCCUUCACCAACCCCCAACCCAAUUUCUCGUAUGACGGCUCGUCCUUCACCAACCCCCAACCCAAUCUGUCGCAGCCCCACUACGACGGCACCUCUCAACCUAAUCUGUCACAGCCCCACUACGACGGCAUGUCCUAUGAUGGGUACCCUUACGACCAAGACGGAUUCGGAGACACGGGGGACCAGCUGUACGACGGCCCAUCCUCAUCCAACUUAGGAACAUCCGGGGGGCCUCAAGAGGGUGCCCACGUGCACGGAACACCCUUACCAGCAUGGGUCGACAAAGCCCCUGAUGGAGGAGCCGCUAUGAUAGACCGAGGGGCGGGCUUUAUGCCCCCGGCUACCAAUCUAGCCCUCUUAUGGCGAGGGGAGAUUCCUCGAGAAGAGGUUGUCCAUACCAAGGGGCCGGCACAUACUACGAAGAAACGCAGUACCAGGGCCAACCUACCUGCAACCCCAUACUUUGUCCCGCAAGCCCCCCGCAGCACCACCGAACCGCAGACACGCGCAGCGGUGCACAUGACGGCACCCCAAACACCUGUCGUCGCUGAACAUUCAACGCCGACAUUGAAGACGGUACGGGUGUCAAACGAAGACAUCAGCGACGCUGUGAAGGGGGGGAAAGUUUUAAUUGGGCGGGUGAUGUUUACAAAACAUGCGAUGAUGCAGAAGCGGAAAAAACGCGUUGCUCAAUUCGAGGAUGCAAUCAAAGACUCGACGCCUCGUUGUUUGGAAGCUGAUGUUGUCAUUGAAAACUUUAUCACUAAUGCCCAUCGGAGACAAGUGUCGAACGCGUUGUCAAGUAUACGCGGGAAAAUCGCUCAAUUUGCGCGCGACGGUGUCUUUGUGUCAUACAAGCUGUUUCCCCCACGAGGGAGCACCAUCGCAGCAGCACAAAGGCAUUGCAUCGCAAUGGUGAACACACUCAUAUGGGGCAUUGAUCCCCUACUCUUCAUGCAUGCAUAUUCUGUGGACAAGCACGGGAAUAUCACCAUUGACGCCAAAUUUCAAAAUGCGUUUAUCAUGGCCGGCGUCAUUCGUUUUGUGUGGCGCGAGGGCCGCGAAGCCUUUCUCAGCGCCUCGCCACUGAAGGCCAUCAAAUAUGUGAUGGCCUCAGUUGGCAGCGGUACUCACUGUGCAUUGCAGGAACAGCGCUCCGCUGUUAUCACCGUCGACACUUUUGGUGGUCAACACCAUGAAGAAAAAUUCAAGGAGAUCGUGCAAGUGUUCGAUGACCUCACGGACGAAGAGAAACUCGAGUUCGAAAGUUAUUUGCAGUACGUGCUGGAUGUUGGACCAUCGCAGGCAGGCAAUGGAGAGAGCUCGUCCGAUUCUGAAUAA